AGACUAGAUGAAAGGCACAAGACAUGAUGAUGAUUAGGGCCCUAAGCACGAGGAAGGGUAGUAGAGGAAGCAACUACAAGAAGCUCGGUGAGGAAGAAGAAGCAGGCGCUGGGCUUUUACAAGCAAAACAGCAGAGCGCUGCAGUGAGUAACCAUCAUGGGCAAUCCCAGAAGGUGAAGGUGGAGAAAAGCGGAGGUACGGUUCACCCUCUAUUUAGUUUCUUCGAUAUGAGUCUAAAGAGGAAGAAACAGAAGAAGAAAAGCACAAGGACGACAGCAAAACCAGAAUAUGCUAGGUACUUGGAGUAUGUCAAGGAAGGAGGCGUUUGGGAUAACACUUCAAAUGAACCUGUCAUAUAUUACCGGUAGAUCACAGAGGUUGUUUUUUUUUUUUUUUUUUU